GCAAUGACUGAAUUGCAAUGAAUGGGCGUUUCAUUCAAUUCAUGUCAACCACUGAUUACAAAGUGCUUCACAUUAUUCUCACAUCAAUUUCGUCACGUUUUCCAUCAAUUCUUGCACAGAAUAUUCUGAAUAAGCAGUAAAUCACUAUUAUUUGUACAUUUGUUUCAAUUAUAAAUUAUAUGCUUUUAAAAGCUUUCAAAUUUUCAAGUAAUUUAAAGAUUGUAAUUUAUUUCAUUGAAUCAAAUAUGAAGACAGAAUUUCCGCUAUUACCGAAAAUAGUGAACGGAGGCAUCGCGGGUGUUAUCGGAGUAACAUGUGUGUUCCCAAUCGACCUAGUCAAAACCCGACUCCAAAACCAACAAAUGGGUCCAAAUGGACAACUCAUGUAUAGAUCAAUGUUUGAUUGUUUUGGGAAAACAUUUCGAAAAGACGGCUUCUUUGGUAUGUAUAGGGGAUCCGCUGUUAAUAUACUCCUUAUAACACCCGAAAAGGCCAUUAAAUUAGCGGCGAAUGACUUCUUCAGAUAUAAAUUGACGGAUGAAUACGGUAAAUUAUCGAUUCCACGGGAAAUGAUAUCUGGAGGUGCGGCCGGUUUUUGCCAAAUAAUAGUGACCACUCCUAUGGAACUAUUGAAAAUUCAAUUACAAGAUGCGGGAAGGGUUUCGGCCAAAGGUGUUAUUGAAGGGGGAGAAGCGAUCGUUGCCACGUCUGCCACAGCUAUCGCACUAAAACUGCUAAAAACUCGAGGAAUACUUGGCCUCUAUAGAGGAACCGCUGCAACAAUGCUCAGAGACGUCUCAUUCUCGAUGAUAUAUUUUCCACUCUUCGCUAAUCUCAACAAAUUAGGCCCAAAACGAAAAGACGGUUCCGGAGAGUCUGUGUUUUGGGCAACAUUUUUGGCCGGUUGUUGCGCGGGUUCGGUGGCCGCCGUGUCUGUCAACCCUUUCGAUGUCGUCAAAACACGGCUUCAAGUGUUGAACAAAGCGAAAGGUGAAGUCAGUUAUAGCGGUAUUCUGGACGCCUUCGUCAAGAUAUCCCAACGAGAGGGCUAUCAAGCAUUCCUAAAGGGCGCUGUUUGUCGUGUUAUGGUUAUCGCACCGCUAUUCGGAAUUGCCCAAACAGUGUACUACAUGGGUGUCGGGGAAUUCCUGCUGGGAAUAAAACACACAAAUUAAUGCCAAUAACUGGAAAACCACUCCAUUUUUAUUUUAUUUACAAUAGAUUAGAUUAAUUGAGUUUUUGUUAUAAAUAUAUAUUUUUAGGACUAUUUUUAAUCAUGUUUUUGUAAUCAACUAUUAUUUUAAUGAUGAGAAACUCAGUAUUAAUUGUUUAGACAUUUUUUGUUAAACAAUUGAAACCAUCCUUUAUUUUUUGGGGCCAUUCUAUGACUUCUAUGGGUAUAAUCUUAAAUCAAUUGACAAUCAAUUAUAAUCUUCAAUCAAACGACAAUCAAUUCUGACAAUCAAUUUUCAGACAAUCAAUCAAUCAUUAUAACCAUUGCCACAAAGUAUAUAUGAUUAUUGUAAAUGAAUUUCAAAAAUUAGAUCCAAUUAACACUUUAAUUAGGAAACAGUUCCUAAUAUAGUAUAUAUUUACUGAUUUAUCC